GCGCAGCUGCGAGCUCGUGCGGGCGCCGCCGCCCACGCUGCUGCCCAGCCGCAGGCGCCGCCGGGAGGGCGGCGGGAGAGCCUCGCGCGGGCGGACGCGAGGCGGUGAUGCUGGCGCCGGGCAGCGGGCAGAGGCGGCGGAGCGGCGGCAUCUCCGGGAGCCCGGCUGCGGCGGCCCCGUGGCCCGCGGGCCGGCGAGCGGCGAGGGAGCACGCGCCCCGCGGACCCAGUAAAGACGCUUGAAGAACUGCUCAGCCCCAGCAUGGAGGGAUCACGUGACGACAUGAAUGCUUCCCCCUGAGAUGAGUGCAGACAUCGUCAUUAUAAGGAUCCUGUGGUUUGCUAAGCAGCAGCUUCUCCUGGUCCGAGCCACUGCAAAUCUCCUGCUCCCGUGGUAGGAAGAAGGGAGAACACAGCAAGCUUGGGCCAACAGAAUGAAGAUUCUUUGACUUCACCUACACAGCGGCUCUGAAGAAAGUCACGUGAGAUCAAAACAUUUUUCAGGCAGGAUGUCUUCCACCCUCCUCAAUGCGCUGCACUUUGCUAGAAGCCGGCGUCUCCUCCAAGAGCAUUUCAGUUAAGAGGAAGACUUAUGAGGCAUGGAAACUUCCAUCAGGUUUGGAAGAACGUAGAGGGAAUGCAGAGACGCCAGACUGCUGCUGAGACCCACGGACAGUUCCGCACUCAUGCGUCUGUCGAACUUUACAAUUUAUUAGCACUAUGCUGCCUCUGCAAGAUGAAAAGAAAUUAAUGCCAAGAAGGCAUAUUCUUCAGCAUUUGGAAUAGACGUGCCCGCAAAACAAUGGCUUCAAAGGUCUCCUGUCUGUAUGUUUUGACAGUUGUGUGCUGGGCCAGCGCUCUCUGGUACCUGAGUGUAACUCGACCCACUUCUUCCUACACUGGCUCCAAGCCAUUCAGCCACCUAACAGUUGCCAGGAAAAACUUCACAUUUGGCAACAUAAGAACCCGACCUAUAAACCCACAUUCUUUUGAAUUUCUUAUAAAUGAACCUAACAAAUGUGAGAAAAACAUUCCUUUCCUUGUCAUCCUCAUCAGCACCACCCACAAAGAAUUCGACGCCCGCCAGGCAAUCCGAGAGACGUGGGGAGAUGAGAACAACUUUAAAGGGAUCAGGAUAGCCACUCUGUUUCUCCUGGGCAGGAACGCCGACCCUGUCCUCAAUCAGAUGGUGGAACAGGAGAGCCAGAUCUUCCAUGACAUCAUCGUGGAAGACUUCAUUGACUCCUACCAUAACCUUACCCUCAAAACAUUAAUGGGGAUGAGAUGGGUGGCCACUUUUUGUUCAAAAGCCAAGUAUGUCAUGAAAACAGACAGUGACAUUUUUGUAAACAUGGACAACCUUAUUUAUAAACUAUUAAAACCCUCCACCAAGCCAAGAAGAAGGUAUUUUACUGGCUAUGUCAUCAACGGAGGACCCAUCCGGGAUGUCCGCAGUAAGUGGUACAUGCCAAGGGAUUUGUACCCUGACAGCAACUACCCGCCAUUCUGUUCAGGGACUGGCUAUAUCUUUUCGGCUGAUGUGGCUGAACUCAUUUACAAGACCUCACUCCACACAAGGCUGCUGCACCUUGAAGAUGUAUACGUGGGACUGUGUCUCCGCAAACUGGGUAUACAUCCUUUUCAGAACAGUGGCUUCAAUCACUGGAAAAUGGCCUACAGUUUGUGUAGGUAUCGCCGAGUUAUCACGGUGCAUCAAAUCUCCCCAGAAGAAAUGCACAGGAUCUGGAAUGACAUGUCAAGCAAGAAACAUCUCAGAUGUUAAAAUUUUUACCGAUGUAAAUACGUUUCUUUUCUUUUUUAAGAAAUGGGGCCUAGAAUGUUGAUAUUUUACAGGUGUCACCAGGGAAAACGUAAAGGGGUUUUUUAAAAAGGUUUUUUCUUCCUGCCCCUAGUUGCUUUCUUGUAUUACCUAUUUACAAAUGUUCGGCUCUGGUCAUAGAAACAAUACAUGAGUUAGAAGGGCCAGAUUUCAUUCUCGAGUCCUGAGGCAUUGCAUUUAUCUCAAAAAGCCAACUUCCUGAAAACUGCUAGGAUUUAUAUACUGUGCAUCUGAGAUAAAAAUCUGGUUCUGGGAAACUGAAAUUCAAGGAAUAUCUUCAAAUCAUCUCUGCAAAAAUAAAUAAAUAAGAAAUUACUCUUUUCCAAAAACAGUUCAGAAAGAAUGCACAAUCAGGAAGACACACUGGAUCAUUAAUACUGCGUGUGCUAUUAUUACACUGAAUUUUUACAUAUCUUGCCAUGUAGUAUGUAUAGCAUUUACAGUUCCAUCAAGAAAUGAACUUAGUACUGGCAGGGCAGCUCCAGUUGAAUAGAAAUUUAAACUUGGGAACCAAAAUUCCAUAUAUUUGGAAGACAGUGCUAUCUGCUCAUGCAAGGAUCAAACCUGGUCAGCCGGUGGAAGGUAUAUAAAAAGCUACUUAACGAAAUAAAUGAGAAUUUUUUUUGCUCUUUCAGAAUAACCUGGUAUCUCCAAGGAGACUUAGCCAAAUGUAAUCUCACUGCUUCCCUCCAUACAAUGUCAUUAAAUGCAGUUUACACUUUCUGGCUUAGGCGAGCGCAUGUACAGUGAAGUUGGUAGGAAGGCAGAACAAUAAAUCACACAGAGAAGGUACAAAUUAACAUAAGCUGAGCCACAGUAUAAGAUGCCCCUCCCCACACAUUUGCAAGGCACGUGAGAAAUUCUUCUAACCAGUACCAAUGUUAUUGAAUGAUUUGGCCCUACAGUUGGUAGAUACAAUGUUCUUUAGCAUCUGAAACAUCCAAGUACCUCUAGCAGCAAUGCUAUUCGGUGGUGUUCUGAAGGCUCUGUGAUUAACAUUCAUGGAAGGAAAGGUGGGGAAGCUUGGAUUCAUGUUCUGUUGAUGCCAUCAGUCUUGGGUCAUAUGAGCAGGCAUCUUAACCUUGCUGUACUUCAAUAUGCUCAUUUAUCAAAUGGUUAGAAAACACCUACCUCACAGGUGCUGUGAGGACACAUCAAAUCAGCUAAGUUAGUUUAAAAGGUGCUACAUAAUGCAAAAAGUAUCACGCAUUAUGCUAAAUGCUAAAAUAAUUACAUCAUUGCAAUGAUGGUCCUCAGUAGUCGUAACAUCACCUUAAUAUAAAACCUGCCAAAAUAAAGAUAAAAUCUGAACUAAGUGCACCUGACUAUUCUAAGACUUUGACCCUUCCUUGGAUAUGUUAGAUGUUUAGGGAAGCUUCAAUUUCUCUGUCAUUUCUUCUGGUUUCAGUGAGUAAGUUGGCACUUUGGUGUGUUGCCUUGACAUCCCAGUGUGCUUAUAGUGAAGGCAGCUUGCCUUUCUUUGAGGAGCCUCUGGCUGGGGUAUAUUAUGGUAAUUCAAGCACAUGCUUUGCAUAUAGAUGCAUAUAGAAUCAAGUCAACUUAGAUCUCGGGAUGCAUUUGAUCUUGAAUUCUCAGUAAGAACUUUCAGGACCAGGGGAGUGAGUCCACCUCUAUCAGAAGAAUAGGCACUCAGUGUACCCAGCCAUCGCUCGUCUCCCACCGUUCCUUCCUUAGAAAACUUCUGUGUAUUUUCAUUCAAAGAAAGCCCCACAACUGAAAGAGUAUACUUUAUUUUUAACCCGACCUUUGGAAGUUUCCCUAGUAGUUGAUAGCAAACAGACAAACAAACGGAAGUGGUGGCCUAUUUCUUACAAACACUGGAUUUCUUGUCCUCAGCACAAAAACCCAGUUUGAGACAGGCCUUCCUCUCCCUUACUACAGCCUUUGUAGAGCUUCUGGGGUGGAUCAGAAAGCAGCAAUAGUCAGCCUGAGGAGAGACAGAUCAGCCUAAAGUGAACCACCCUCUGACCCCCGACCCCCAACUGCUGUGAGUUCCAGUCCCUGGAAAAGUCUUGUGAUUUUGUACGUGGUUCACUUUUCAGUUGUAUAACCUGAUCAGGCCUGUGUCUCAUGCUAACAUCUUGCAUUUACCUUAUGCUCAAUCAAGCCACCCUCAGUGUCAAGGAAUUGCACAUUACCAACAUCGUAUAUGUAUAUCUAUGAAUUGUUUGUGUGUGUGUACAUUAUGAAUAGAGCCCUAAACUUAAAAAGGAACACAGAUCAGAGAAUCACAUGUCUUAAAGAACUAUUGCCCAACUUUUUUAUGCUAGGUAAUGCCCAUGUGACAAACAUGUAAAUAUUCAGCAAAGACCCAUAUGUAUAUAUUUUAAGGGUAUUUUCUUUCCUUCUCCCCAGCUGUACAUAUAGCUAGAAUCUGCUUGCUAUGUACAUUUUCUUCUGCAUGGAGUUCGGUGAGGCAAGGCCAUUUGUCCAGUGUUUCAAUAGCCUAAAGCAUGUUUGCCCUUUGUUUUUUGAAUGUUCAAAAAAUAUUGACGUCAAGUGAUCAGGAAAAAAAAAAGCUCUAACUUUCUACUUUUGUUAAUUUCAUAACAUUGGCCAAAUUAUGGUUUCUAAUGUCUGUUAAACCAUUGUUUUAUUUAUUAUCAUUUCUCUGCCAUAAAAUAAUGUUUCAGACAGUAUUGUACAAGGAGUCAUUCAGACUGUGUUUACCAAACCUGACUGUCCCCCAACUAUUUUGUUCCUUAUGCAACACAACAAAAUGUAUCAGUAAGUAACGUCUGUAUUCUUCAAGUUUCUUUGUUAAAUUUAUUUUCAGUGGCCAGUUUGUGUGGCAUUGUGUCUUUUUUAUUGGAGCCAAUGCCAGUUUCAGUACAUGAGAUUGUAUUUUAAAUAACCAAAAUCAAGAAGUGAAGAUAGCUUUCGAUUUGGAUUACAUUCAGACGAACAAAACCCUUUUCUGUAAUAUGACAUGGGGAAAACAAACUGUGCAGAGAAGCUAAAGAAAGAGUUUUUCAAUCAAAUCUCUCCUAGCAAAUGACAAUGGAGCAUUUACUUAAAGGGUCUGGGAUUCAUUUUCUACCUUUCCUAGUAUGUGGGGUUAGCUGGGCAGCGAGGGGUGGGGGGAUUGAUUAUGUCAUUUCUCUGUCAAAGUGCAGAUAGUUUUUAUGAGCCACAAAGUAACUUGUGAAUGAAAGAAGUAAUUUACUUGAAACGCUUGUUGAUUGAUGAUAACUGACAUUUAGGUAUAUCGUUGUAUAGGAAUGAUUGUAUUUAUGUAUUUAUUUGUCAAAAUUGUACAUACUAUUUCGCCAAAUGUAAUUGUCUGUAAAAGCGCACUCUCCAGGUUUGUAGUACCUUUAGGGUUACAUGGGUUGCCAGUCAAGCUGCUAAUCAGAAUACUAUUUUUUGAACCAAUGUUAUAAAACUGAAAAAUGACAAACAGAUGCUGAAGAUGUCUUUACAUUCAGUUUCCUCACCUUCCUCUUGAAAUGUAAAUUGUUGAGAGAGAAAGCACGAUGCUUCUCUCAGAUGUACAAGCCCAUCUGUCAUGAGGAAGAUUGUGGUUCCAUAAAGCUGAUUUUUUAACCAUGGGACAAAUAAAAAGAAGGAGAACAUA